AUGAGUAACAGCCGUCUGAACAGAUGCAUUUCGAAACGAGAAGCCUCGGAUUGCAAAGAGCUGGGAGGUACUACAGGCUCUAGAAAAUUGGACGAGUCUGAUAUUGUGGGCCAUAUAAAUACAUUUCCGGCUUAUCAAAGCCAUUAUUCUAGAAUCAAAAAUCCAAAUAGAAAGUAUUUUAACAGCGGUCUAAAUGUAAAGAAGAUGUAUGAUCUAUAUGUAGAGGAAUGUCGAACCCAGAAUAUUGAACCAAAAAAAUUGAAAUACUAUUAUCAGGUAUUUAAUACUAAAUUUAAUCUGCAUUUUGAAAUUCCUCAUCAAGACACCUGCAAGUUGUGCGAUGAUCUAGAGUUUAAACUGAAAGGUGCCGACAACGAAGAUAUCAAAAAAAAUCUUUCAGCCCAAAAGGAGUUGCAUUUACGGAAAGCAGAAUCGGCGAGAGAGUCUUUACGAAACGAUUCAAAGAAAGCUGCAGAAGCAUACAUAGUAACAUUUGAUUCACAAAAGGCUUCGCCUUUUCCUAAGCUUACAACGUCUGUGGCUUACUACAAAAGAAAUCUGUAUUUGUAUAAUCUGGGAAUACAUUCCUUCAACAGCAAUACUGGUUACAUGUGCGUAUGGAAUGAAACACAGGGAGGGCGCGGUUCACAAGACAUUGCGACUUGUUUAGUAAAGCAUUUAAAGCUUUAUGCUGGGAACCAUAAACAUGUCAUUGCUCAUUCAGAUUCUUGUACAGGUCAGAAUCGGAAUAUAAAGAUGAGUUUAUCUCUGCUAAAACUUGUACAAGAUCCAGAAGUUGAAAUCAACGUCAUAGAUCUUGAAUUUUUGAUAUCUGGACACUCUUUCCUUCCUUACGAUGGCGAAUUUGGAAUAAUAGAGUCUGAAAGCAGACGCCAUGGCAUGAUUUAUCAUCCAGAUGAGUGGAUAGAUAUAAUUAAAAACUCCAAGCGAAAGGAACCUAAGUUUGUAGUAUCUGAAAUCCAACAUGAAGAGUUUUUGAGCACGACAAAUUUAGAAAAUUUGAUUACCAAUCGGAAAACUACCACGGAUGGAUGUAACUUUACCUGGCUUAAAAUAAGAUGGCUUCAAUUUCAGAGAGAUCUACCCCUUCAAUUUCAAUUCAAGGAGAGUCUGAAUUCCGAAACUGAAUUUCAUAUUGUUGAUCUCUCCAAGAAGAAAAGUGUUGGUAGGCCUAGUAGGGGUUUGACUUAUGUAAUGCAACAACCACUUUAUCACACAAGAAGAACUGUGACAGCUGCAAAGAAGAAAGACAUGAUGGACUUGCUGCCCUACAUAGCACCCGUACACCAUAAUUUUUAUAAAAACUUGCUCACUGAGACAGUUACCCGAGGUUCUGCUCAACAAAACCUGGAGAAUAGAUCUUCUGACGAUGAAAUGAUUCAUGAUAAGACCAAAUUAAAUGAAAUCGCUCAGAUUUAUAGUGGUCUAAGUCCACAUUUUUUUGUUUGCCUCCUUGUAAAAAUUCUCGAUGUGUUAUGA